AUGGCCAGCCGCUGGUAUUGUGCACGCGGCUUGUGUUUGCCAAAGAGCGCACAAAGAGUCUUUUUCAAGCCGCCAGACGCUGCUGCUGGUUUCCUGCCCGAUUGCUGUUUCGUUUCUCAGCCUGCCCCGGAGACCCGCAUCUCGCAUCACUACAUCAUUACGCUGCUCGAUCCAUCAUACACACAUGACGAUGCAGUCUUCACGACCUCCAAUCCCUCAUGCGAACAGGUUGCACCGCCGCGGCGGAGAGUGCAUUUGCCGCUGGCGUUGCCCGUACCUCAAAGCUCCAACACAACGGCGCAUCCCUGUUGCGCCCGCCACACGCCCAAUUGGUUCCCCUCUCCAUGGCUAAAUGCCUGCAAUGCGCGUCUAGGUGAAUCGCCGCUGCCGCCAACCGAACUCAAUAUAUCGAUAUCGCUCUUAUCGCAACCACGUGCAACCUUGCUGCAUUCCUCUACUGCUCGCUGCCGCAGGGAGGAACGCUCUCGGGCUGAAGCUGACCCUCCUGCGCAAGCCGCCAAAGUCGCGCCGACGAACAUGGCCGUGCAGAGACACAUGUCCGCUGUGCUGCUGCAUGAUCCUUCGGCCAACGACACUGGUUCGGCACUCGCCCUCUCAUCUCCCUGCACACGGCCCACCAGAAGGCUCUGCUCUUCCGGCCGCUCGUGGGGUAGUACGCGCAAUUUCCCCCAUCCAGCCAGUCAGUCUUGCGCCUUUGUGAAAAUCCUGUGUACAACCUGA